AUGCCUCUCUUCCUAACGGAAGAGGAGUUGCAAGCGGUGGAGGGCGAUGUCAGGGCUGUUGCGCGGAAGGCGGAGGAGCAAAUAGGCUCGCUCCUUCGUCAACUAGAGACGCACAAGGCGCAGGCGGACGCAGCGGAAAUCAACGCGGAGCAGACGUGCUCGCUGAUCGAGCAGAAGUACCUCGCGGUGACGGACGAGAACGCGCAGCUCGAACGCGAGAAGGGAUUUCUCACCGCGGAUCUCGAUCAGAAAGCCGCCGAACUUGCGGAAAUUAAGGCGCAGGUCCAUCGCCUGCAGCUGGAGGGGAUUCAGGGGGAUGGCGAGAGGGAGCGGCUGAAAGCGGAGCUGGCGGAGGCGCAGACGAGCCGGCGGGACCUGGUGGACGUGAUCGAGCGGAAGAACCUCGAGAUUGACGAGAAGAACGCGUCGCUCAAGUCGUACCUGGACAAGAUUGUCUCUCUGACCGAUUCGCGGACUGAGUUGGAGGGACGGCUGAGGAAGGCUGAGGCAGAGGCGUCCCGCUGGAAGGCUGCCGUCAACCGCCAUGUGCAGGAAAAGGAGAUACUGGAGCAGCACCUGGCGUGGCUGCGAGAGGACGUGGCGGGGAAGGCUGGCGCGCUGCAGGAGGAGAGGCGCGCGCGCGCGGAGGGCGAGGCGGAGCUGCGCAGCAAGCUGCUGGGCGCGGAGCAUGAGCGCGACGACCUGCGCGCUGCUGAGAGCCGCGCCCAGGCUCGCGUGGCGGAGCUGCAGGGGAUGGUCGCGCAGCUACAAAAGGAGGUGAAGAAGCGCGCCGAGGAGGAGGCGCUUCACGAAAGCCAGCUGGCGGCUGAAUUGGAAACUGCGAAGAAGCUGGUGGAGCUGUACAAGGAAAGUGCAGCGGAGGCGGGUGAAAGGGCAGCAGAUCUCAAGGGCGUUGUCAAAUCUCUCGAGGAUCAUCUGAAGCAAGUGGAGGACGAGGGCGAGAGUCGGUUCAAGGCAGCAGAAGAGGCAGCACGGAAGCAGCAGCAGGAGCUGCAGAGGCGGUGUGAGGAGCUGCAGAAGAGCCUUGAGGAGGCGAACAAGAAGGCUGCUGCUGCCGCUGAGGCAGCUGCUGCAGCCGCAGCUGCUGGUGCUGGUGGCUUGGAGCUUGUGCCUGCUGCUGCCACCGCCGGCCCCAUUCAGCCACUGGACAGGCAGCUGGCGGCGGUGCUGCAUGGGGGGGGCAGUGUGCCGCCAUCCCUGCCUCAGGGCGUCACAGGAGUGGCGCUCGCCACCUAUCUCGUCAAGGACGGCUGGACGAUGGCAACGAUGUACGAGAAGUAUGAAGAGGCGGCAGAUGCGUGGCGGCAUGAGAGGCAGCAGCGGCGGCAAGCAGAGACACUGCUUAACAGGGUGCUGAGGGAGAUAGAGCAGAAGGCGGGUGUGGUGCUGGAAGAGCGUGAGCUGCACGCACGCAUGGCACGCGCAUACGAUGUCAUGCAGGACAAGCUGGCACUGGCAGCGGACCAGCAGGCUGCUGUGGAAGCAUCUCUCGCUGAGUGCAGGGCGGAGCUGCGUGCAAGGGAGAGGGAUGUGAGCCUGCUUUCCACCGAUGUGGCAGACCUGCAGAGCCAGGUUACGGUCCUCCUUAAGGAGCUGAGGGAUGUGAGCAGGCAGCAUGCCAACAACGAAGCCACUGCUCCGCCCACCCCCCCGCGGCCCUCCUCGUCGGACUUUGUGUCAGUGGAGCAGCUGACGAUCACAGACAUUGGGGGCCUCGUGCAAGCCAACACAUCUCUCCGCCAUGCUCUGCGGAAGCUGCAGGACGACUACAGCUCUCUGGAGCCGCGGAUUAAGGCUCGGUUUGAGGAGGAGUUGGAGAGGCGGGCAGCAGCGAACGCCAAGGAGGUGGAGCGGGUGGUGGGCAUGUACAAGGAGCAGGAGGAGCUGGCACAGAGGCACAAGGCUGCCCACGACAUGUUCAAGAUGCUGUACGAUGAGCAGCAGCAGCGCAUGCGUGCCAUGGCAUCAGGCACUGCCGCUGCCUCCCCUCAUCCCACUGAUUCUCCUGCAGCCAAGGGAACGCGUGCUGUGCCCAUGCUGUCCUCCCCUCCACCUGAUGGUCCUGACUACAAGACUCUCUACACAGCAACUCAGGAGGAGCUGGAGAGGCUGAGGCAGGAUCGCAAGCAGCACAUGGACGAAUUGCAGGAGGCUCUUGAUGCCGCCAGGAAGGUGGCGAGUGAGUCACGAAUGGAGCGCAUGCGAGCGGAGGCAGAGGCGCAGUUCACCAAGCAGCAGGCAGAGGCACUCGAGAAGACACUGGAAGAGGAGCGCAAGGUGAAGGAUGCAGCAGUGGCGCGCAGCAGUGAGUUUGCGGCGUCGGUGACGGCCCACCAGAGGCAGCUGCGGGACGCCGAGAGGCUGCUCGCUGCGGCUGAGGAGAAGGCCACCCGUGCAACUAUUGAGGCAUCGGUGUUGGAGCGGGAGAAGGCGCUGCUUGCGGCAGCAGAGGAGAGGGCGACAGCGGAGGCGGGGAGUGCGCUGGAGAGGAUGCACCGAGUGCAGGCGGCUCAUGACUCACUGGAGAGCACCCAGGCUGCCCGCGAGGCCACGUGGGCCGCUGAGAGGAAGCGGCUUGAGGGUUCCAUUGACCGCAUGCAGCGCGAGUGGGCGGAAGCGAGUCGGGCACUUGAGGCAGAGAGGGACCACUCGCGGCACCUGGUGGAAGCCAGGGACAGGGCAGCAGCGGAUGCAGCUCAAGCAGCAGCUCAGCGCUGCUGUCACCCCCUGGUGGAGGCCUUAAAGGCCAGUCGGGCAUUGGAAGCAGAGAGGGACCACUCGCGGCACCUGGUGGAAGCCAGGGACAGGGCAGCAGCGGAUGCAGAGGCAAAGCUGAGUGCCGCGUGGAAGGACGUGGAGCAGCUCAAGCAGCAGCUCAGCGCUGCUGUCACCAAGGCCAAGACUGCUGAGGCACGGUGUGAGGAACUGCAGGCGGGUGUGAAGCGGUUGGAGGCGGUGGCGGCGGCUGCUGUCGCUGGUGGUGCGGGCGGGGGUGUGGGAGGGAGGAGCUUGAGGUCUGCUUCGGUGAGAGAUGCGGCGGCGGCUGCUGUGGCGGCUGCUGCUAGUGCUGCUGCCGGUGGUGGUGGUGCUGGUACUGGUGCUGGGGCAACUGGGGGAGCUGGGGCAGCUGCGGCAGGUGGUGGUGCUGCUGGUGAUGCGGCUGGUGGUAAGGAGGGCGAGAGUAUGGAGGAGGAGGAGGUGGAGGAGCGCCUACACAAGGCAGAGGAGGAGGUGCAGAGGCUAAAGGAGGAGCUCGAGGCCUCCCAGGGGUACCUUGCUCAGUACAAGGCAAUAGGAAAGGCCAAUGAGGAGGCACUAGAGCGGAUGAUGCAGCAGCACAGCUCGUUCAAGGAGGAGGCUGAGAAGGAGAGAGCCGCUGCGGCGGCAGUCGCGGAGGAGCUGAGGGGACGGGUGAAGGAGGCAGAGAAACGGGCGGCAGAUGCGGCGGCAGCGGCCACGGGGCUGACGGAGGAGCAUGAGAGGGCGUUUGCUGAUGUCAGCCGGAAGCUGGAGGCGGCUGCUGUGGAGAGAGACGCAUUCAGGUCACGAGUGGAGGAGAUAGAGUGGCGGGUGGAGUCAGAGGCGAAGGAGGCAUCAGAGAUGCGGCAGAAGUGGAGGGAGGCUCAGACCAACUACGAGCGACAGGUGGUGCUGCAAGCGGACACAAUCCGCCAGCUGGACGGCGUGAGUCAGACACUCAACGCCGCCCAGGCGGCGCAGCGGGAGUGGCGCAGCAAGGCAGAGAAGGCCGAAGCGGAGCUCACCUCCCUGCGAGCCGAGUGGGAGACAGUCAAGGGGGGCCUGGAGGCUGCACGGGCUGCUGCUGAGGGUAAAGCCAAGGAGGUACCUCAACCCUCCCACAUCCCCCUCCCCGCUCCUCUUUGCCCCUCUUCCCGCCCAUCUGUCCUCCCCCCCUUCUCCCCCCCCACCACCCCACCCCACCAGGUGGUGCUGCAAGCAGACACAAUCCGCCAGCUGGACGGCGUGAGUCAGACACUCAACGCCGCCCAGGCGGCGCAGCGGGAGUGGCGCAGCAAGGCAGAGAAGGCCGAAGCAGAGCUCACCUCCCUGCGAGCCGAGUGGGAGACAGUCAAGGGGGGCCUGGAGGCCGCACGCGCUGCUGCAGAGGGUAAAGCAAAGGAGGUAGAGGCUCAGAACGUGAUUCUGCUGGAUCGGCUCGAGGCGCUGCGUGUGGGGACGCCGGGCAAGGCUGGCGGGGUUGCUUCGCCUGGUGUGGGGAGGAGGAGAUCGGUUGCUUCCCCGUCGCCGGGUAAGGCGGGUAGGGCAGUGGGAGGGACAGGAGCAGCUGGAGGGGAGACAGCGGCAGUAGCAGCAGCAGCAGCGGAAGGGGAAGGGGAAGGAGAAGGGGAAGGAGGGGUGGGGGAAGACGGAGGGCUGGCAGAGCUGCAGGAGGUGGUGCGGUUCCUGCGGCGCUCCAAGGAAGCUUCCGAGAUGGAGUUGGCUCUGCUGAAGCAGGAGCGGCUGCGGCUGACAAAACAGAUAGAAGCAGCAGAGAGAGAGGCGCAGGAGGCACAGCAGCAGCUGAGAGAAGUGCGGGCGCGGGGGGCUGCGACGGCGCAAUCUGAGGGGGAGUUUGCGGCGUUGAAAGCCCAAGUGGCUCAGGUGAAUCUGCUGAGAGAGAGCAAUGCGAUGCUGAGGGAUGAGAGCCAGCGGAACUUUGCGGAUGCUGGGGAGUGGAGGGAGAAGGCGCGGCAGGCGCAGCAGCAGGUGGGGCCGCUGCAGGCGGCGGUGCAGAGGAGGGAGGCGGAGGUGGCUGCGGGGAAGAGGGAGGUGGAGAGUGCAAGGGAGGAGGUGGGGCGGUGGCAGCGGCGCGUGCAGCAGCUGCUGGAGAAGUACAAGGCAAUUGACGUGGAGGAGUAUCAGAGGCUGCAGGACCAGCUGCAGGUUAAGGAGUGUUUUGGGCUGUUGGAGAAGUACAAGGCAAUUGACGUGGAGGAGUAUCAGAGGCUGCAGGACCAGCUGCAGGUUAAGGAGUGUUUUGGGCUGUUGGAGAAGUACAAGGCAAUUGACGUGGAGGAGUAUCAGAGGCUGCAGGACCAGCUGCAGGUUAAGGAGUGUUUUGGGCUGUUGGAGAAGUACAAGGCAAUUGACGUGGAGGAGUAUCAGAGGCUGCAGGACCAGCUGCAGGUUAAGGAGUGUUUUGGGCUGUUGGAGAAGUACAAGGCAAUUGACGUGGAGGAGUAUCAGAGGCUGCAGGACCAGCUGCAGGUUAAGGAGUGUUUUGGGCUGUUGGAGAAGUACAAGGCAAUUGACGUGGAGGAGUAUCAGAGGCUGCAGGACCAGCUGCAGGUUAAGGAGAAGUACAAGGCAAUUGACGUGGAGGAGUAUCAGAGGCUGCAGGACCAGCUGCAGGUUAAGGAGUGUUUUGGGCUGUUGGAGAAGUACAAGGCAAUUGACGUGGAGGAGUAUCAGAGGCUGCAGGACCAGCUGCAGGUUAAGGAGUGUUUUGGGCUGUUGGAGAAGUACAAGGCAAUUGACGUGGAGGAGUAUCAGAGGCUGCAGGACCAGCUGCAGGUUAAGGAGAAGUACAAGGCAAUUGACGUGGAGGAGUAUCAGAGGCUGCAGGACCAGCUGCAGGUUAAGGAGAAGUACAAGGCAAUUGACGUGGAGGAGUAUCAGAGGCUGCAGGACCAGCUGCAGGUUAAGGAGAAGCAAGCGGAACAGCUGGAGCAGGAGCUCUCAGAGGCGAGAGGUGCCCUGGCAGCAGCAAAGGCGGCAGCAGAAGCAGCAGAAAAGGACAAGGAGACCGAGAAGAAGCGGGCGGCUGCUGAGCUGGCAAAGCUGGAGGCGCAGCGGGCGGCACUGGCGGAGGAGAAGGAGAAGCUGGAGAAGGAUCGGACGGCAGGAGGGGAGGAGCUGAAGAAGCAGCUAGAGGCUGCGAAGGAAAACGAGGCAAAGCACAAGACAGAGUUUGCCAAGCUCAGGAACACAGCCAUCAAAUUCAAGCGCAAUGGCGAGCAGCUGAGCAAGGAGAAGGAGGAGCUGCGGCAGGCCAAGGAGCAGCAGAGCAAGGAGGCAGAAGCAGCGAAAACCAAGGCAGCAGAGCUCGAAAAGCGCAUCGCCGAUCUUGAAAAGAGGCUUCAGACAGCCUCUGAGUCGUCUCAGAAACGAGUGGCUGACCUGGAGAAGAGGCUUCAGGAGCAGACGGCAGCGGGUGCAGCGGCCAGGAAGGCGGAGGAGGGGAAGAGUGCCGCAGAGGCAGCUUCUGGGAAGCAGCAGGCGGCGAUGGCAGAGGGGAUUCUGAACUCCCGGAUUCAGUUGCUGCAGAGGCAGCUGGCAGCAGAGAAGGAGAGGCGGACCAAGAACCUCAAGAGCAUUGUGGACUCGUUUCAGCGCGCCAAGGAGAGCUACGAGACCAUCUCUGUGCGUGUGGUGGCAGUGGAAGACUGGAUCAAGCAGCAACGCCAG